AUGUUUUCUAGAUUGAUAGCAUACAUACGUUCCAUAACACGAGGAUAUAGGACACUGAAUAGAAACGAUUCAAUUGAUGUUGAAAAGUCUACCGAAGAGACACCUCUAAUUAUCAAGGGACUUGCAUCACCAAACCCUUUCGGGGAUGAUUCGGAUGAUAAGAGCAAAGGAAUUGAGAAGUCACAUCCAAAUAUUGAGAUCUCGGAACAGUUUGAUAUAGAUCUCUCACUUCAAGCACAUACAAAUCAGAGCGAAACAGUCUUUGUUGAUCCAGCAAUCAAGAAACAGAUUGACGAAUCAUACGAUACAAUCGAUUGUACUUCGCAAAUGUCCAGUAACGCAUCAGAGCUUCUUCCAUCUGAACAGCAUCCCAGAGCUUUGAGUGGUUUCUUUGAGUUAGUAUUUAAAGCAACUCAUAUUGCAAGGGAAACUCUAUCCAAAAUGGAGAACGAAAAAAACGAACAAAGCGAUCGAUUUCGAUAUAAUUCGGAAAUAUUCAACAACGCUUUAGAACUCCAUUCCUUUGAACAGCAUCCCAGAGCUUUGAGUGGUUUCUUUGAGUUAGUAUUUAAAGCAACUCAUGUUGCAAGGGAAACUCUAUCCAAAAUGGAGAACGAAAAAAACGAACAAAGUAAUCAACUUCGAUAUAAUUCGGAAACACUCAACAAUGCCUCAGAACUUUGUCCUUCUGAACAGUAUUCCAAAGCUUUGAGUGGUUUCUUUGAGUCAGUAUUUAAAGCAGCUCACAUAGCAGCGGAAAAUCUAUCCAAAAUAGAGAACGAACAAAGUAACCGACUUGGAUACAACUCGGAAACAUGUAUUCCAGCUCCAUCCUCGAAUCCCUUCCCUAGAUCACCUGAAGCAAUUCAAUCCUCAAUAAAUGCUCUAGAAACAAUGGAUGAAGAAAGUAGCUGA